ACUGUGAGAAGCUGAGCGUGCGGUCGGUUACCUCAGCUUGCUGAAUCUGAGGUGAUUAAAGUGUCUUAUUAAAACAGCGACCCUCUUUUAUAAAUACAUGACAAGUCGCUGUUUCCAUUCUUUGACUCGUCGGCAACGUUUAAGAAAACCAGUCAAAGAAAUAUCUAUAAACCUCACAGAGCAGUUUUCCUUGGAAAAGAUUCAUAGACUCGUUCAAACAUUCAAGUGUAAAUAAUCAACAAAUUCAGUGUUUGUGUUUUCUACCUGCUGCACAGUGCAUGAUCCGAGUCAUCCAGGGAUUCAAAUGGCUUGCUGUCUGAAGGACGAGCUCUUGUGUUCAAUUUGCUUGAGUAUUUAUCAAGACCCGGUCAGUUUCGGCUGCGAGCACUACUUCUGUCGUAAGUGCAUCACUGAGCACUGGAGCAGACAGGAACAUCACGGCGCACGGGACUGUCCAGAGUGCAGGAGGACCUUUGCGGAUCCCCUGUUGUCCCCAAGCUUGAAGCUCUCCAACAUCGUGGAGAGGUACGCCGCAUUCCCUCUGGAUGCCAUCCUCAACGCCCAGAGAAACACAUACCCGUGCAAAGAUCAUGAAAAGGUCAAGCUCUUCUGUUUGAGCGACAAGAGCCUUGUGUGUUUCUUCUGCGAUGAGCCUGCUUUGCAUGAACAGCACCAGGUGACAACUGUGGACGAGGCCUAUGAGGAAAUACAGAGAGAGAUGAAGGAGCAGCUGGCAACCCUACAGGACAGCGAGAAGGGUCACACAGAAGCUCUACUGCUACUACAGAGGCAACUCACAGAAACCAAGUCAUCAGCAAAGAGCCUUCGUGCCACAAUCGGGGACGCGUUCGAGCGACUGCAUCGUUUCCUACGGGAACGACAGAAGAGCAUGCUUGAGGAACUGGAGGCGGAUACGGCUCGCACCCUUUCCGACAUCGAGCACAAGAUCCAGCGUUACAGCCAGCAGCUCCGCGAUGUCAAGGAAGGAAUACAGAUCCUUCAGGAGCGACUUGGUGAAACCAGCCGUCACGAGUUCUUGGAAGGAAUAGCCUUCACUUCUGACAGAAUCAAAGGGAAGAUCCAUGAAACGAAUUUGACGUAUGAAGAUUUCCCUACAUCCAAAUAUAUGGGCCCACUGCAAUAUACCAUUUGGAAGUCUCUUUUUCAGGAUAUCUCGCCAGUGCCUGCUGCUUUAACCAUGGACCCCAUCACCGCUCAUCAGAGGCUCAUACUGUCAGACGACUGCACCAUAGUCGCUUACGGAAACCUGCAUCCGCAGCCGCUACAGGAUUCGCCGCGCCGUUUCGACGUAGAGGUCUCCGUCCUCGGGGCUGAAGGCUUCUCCGGAGGCAUUCACUACUGGGAAGUCAUGGUGUCUGAAAAAACCCAAUGGAUGAUCGGCUUGGCCAACGAGACGGUCAACCGCAAGGGAAGCAUUCAAAUCCAACCCGGCCGAGGCUUCUACUGCAUCGUCAUGCACGACGGGAAUCAGUACAGCGCUUGCACCGAACCCUGGACGCGCCUCAAUGUAAAGAGCAAACUCGAGAAGGUGGGCGUCUACCUGGACUACCCCAAAGGUUUGCUUGUUUUCUACAACGCUGACGACAUGUCCUGGCUCUACACAUACCGCGAGAAGUUUCAAGCCAAACUCUUUCCGUACUUCAGCCCAGGUCAAAGUCACGCUAACGGAAAAAAUGUGCAGCCCUUGCGAAUCAACACCGUUCGUUUAUAGGAACUGAGUCGGCAUUAUUGGGAAAAAUUUUAAACUAUGAUAAACUUUAUUCUUUCAGCUUAUUUAAAGGUACUUGAGAAAGUGGAGGGGUAGAAAAUGAAGUUAUCACGCUGAUGGAUGUCUUGUUGGGCUCUGUGAAUGCCUGGAGUGGGAAAUAAAAUGAAGGGCCUUGCACUUUUCCGCGAGAGGUGCCUAUGGACGUUUGGUACAUUUUAGUGUCACUGGUCAUUUGUAAUCUUGCCAUGGCCUUCUUGCUUGCCCAAGAUUUCCCAGCUGCUUGCACACAAUACCCCGGUUUAUAUCCCCUGAGCCCCUGCCGCGUUCAAACGCUCCUACUUUCAAGGCUCUGGGAAAGAGCUUAUCCGAAAUGUGUUUGCCGUUUCAUUUUGUGCAAAUAGCUUUGGCGUUUUUGUGGAGUGUGUUCUGCGUUAUACCGCUACGCGGCCUGAUAUUUUGACACAGGUUAACCCUUGAGACCAAUGAGGUGGUGCGGUACCAAUAGCUUUUCUUCUGUUAGCUGCAUGAAUGAUGAUGGUGAUAUUGUGUUUCUUAGGUCACGUUAAAUGUGACGUGUUUGACUUUGCAGGUGUCCUGCAGUAAUCGAACCCCAAACUACCAGACCAGUUGUCUUAGUAUGUUGUGUUUUUGUGUGUGGUUGUGUCUGUCGACAUUGAUGACUCCUUGACUUGGCUUGGCUUUAUUUCCUACAACAAUCAGGGCAGUGCUGGAGUUACUCGUAUGCCACUAUUGUAUCCGCUGCUAUGUUAAAGGGUCGUGGCUUUGUGUAUUUUUUUACAUAUGGAAAGUGAUAGCUUCGCCUUUGAUAAAUGCAUCCCGUACCCUCAUUUCUUUUAUUUAUUCAUUCUGCUCUCUAAAACAUUCCAGUGUUCAGGGUCUCUGGACAUUUCGUGAGGACCCUGGGUUAAACCGGUUAACCUUAACACAUCUCAUCAGGUGAUAGUUGUGCGACGUGACAUUUCCAUCGAAAAACGGUGCAUCCAUUCUUCUGUAAAAAAAAGUGUUCGAUUAGUUUUUAUUUUGAAAUCAAAUUUUAAUUUUCUUGUAUAUACUGAGCUCAGUUUUUAAAAAUCAAUGCUAUUUUACAGUGCAUAUAUAUAUAUAGUAUAGUUUUAAAUGGGAACAUUUUAUUUAUGUCUCUGAAUGGUCCUCGAUUGCAGAGAGUAUGAACAUUAAUUGAUAUUUUGUAAGCUUGUUUAUGUAUCCUGGCCAGACUUUCACGAAUCUCUCGAGUUUCAAUACGAAUCUUUUGCUUUUUUUCUGCCAAUGGAGCAAUGCAUCCUGGUGGGAAAGUCAUUUGAUCCCUUCUUCACUUUAAAUCAAAUUCAGAUUAUUUUCUGGACAUGAACUGUUCCACUUCUGUUUGGUUAUGAUGUAUCUGCGUGUUUUGUUAUUUGUGGUGUUUAAGGGUCAAGGCAGUGUUUCAGUCGGGACCUCAGUGGGGUCUGUAGCACACAGGAUUGCUUCUUGUGUUACGUGAAGCAGUCAGAUUAUUAUUAUUAUUAUUAUUAUUAUUGUGAGGUGGUGGUGAUGGGAUCUUUUAAAAUAUUUAGUCACACAUUAGUGAGGAUUGUUAAUGGAUAAAAUGAUGAUGAGCACUCGAGUGUUUGAAUGGAAGCUGCUUCGUUUCAUUGUUGUGUAAAUGCGCUCUGGUAAGCUCUUGCUGCUAGAGGUUCAUGGACAAAAUGUUUUAAAUGUUCAAUUAAAAAAUGCCAAAUCCAAAAACAUUUCUGACUUUUUAUUGUGUUUAAUCAACUCUGUUAAUAAUGUAACGCAGGGUCCA